GUGACUGCCGGGCUCCACUCAAGGGACGUGACGUGAGCUCAGUGCACGUGUGUUUUCCGUUUCAUUCAAGGAAGUAGCCAGGAGAAGCAGCUGAAGCGACACAGUUGUUGCAUCCUCUUGGAGAGGAACAAACCCACUUCAUUACCGUUCAAAAUGUCCGGAUUUGAUAGCAACCCGUUCGCAGACCCCACCGCCGACAACCCUUUUAAUGAUCCUGCUGUCACUCAGGCAACCAACCCCAGCGUUGAACCAGUCAGCCAGUACAACCCCAUUCCCCAGCCUAAUGCGAUGGCUGCUGCGGCGCAGGCCAACCUGUUGAGACAGCAGGAGGAGCUGGAGAGGAAAGCUGCCGAGCUGGAUCGAAGGGAGCAGGCGCUCCAGAGCAGAGGCCCAACAGGUAAAGUGAACAACUGGCCGCCACUUCCCAAGUUCUUCCCCAUCAAACCAUGCUUCUAUCAGGACUUUUCUGAGGAAAUCCCUGCAGAGUACCAGAGAGUCUGCAAGAUGAUGUACUACCUCUGGAUGUUUAACUGUAUGACUCUGUUCCUCAACCUGCUGGCCUGCCUGGCCUUCUUCACCACCAGCUCAGCCAAUGGAGUCGACUUUGGCCUCUCUAUUCUCUGGCUCCUUCUCUUUACUCCUUGCUCCUUCCUCUGCUGGUAUCGACCCGUCUACAAGGCCUUCAGGACUGACAGCUCCUUCAACUUCUUCUUCUUCUUCUUUGUGUUUUUUGUCCAAGUGGGAAUCUUCAUCAUCCAGUCAGUGGGCAUCCCUCACUGGGGAAACAGUGGGUGGAUCACUGCCAUGUCUGUCAUGGGUAACCAUGUAGCAGUGGGGGUCAUCAUGGUCAUCGUGGCCAUCCUCUUCACCAUGUGUGCCGUCAUGUCUGUCAUCUUGCUGAAGAUGGUCCAUGGGAUGUACCGCCGCACUGGGGCCAGUUUCCACAAAGCUCAGCAGGAGUUGUCCCAGGGUGUCUUCGCCAGUAAAACCUUCAGUGGAGCAACUUCAGCAGCUGCUCAGGGAGCCUUCCAAGGAAACUAGUGUCCACUGAGCUGCAGAGGCUCCUGACUUCUUCAGAUCUGUAUGUUAUGAGGUCUAGAUAGUAAACCAGAGGUGAUCAACCAUAAAGAUCAGGCCCACUGAGGACUUGCUCUCUGGUUCCUGGCACUGCUGUGGAUCUCAUCUGACCUCCUACUGUGCAGACUUUCCUGUGUGUGGGUGUGUGUGUGUGUGUGUGCGUGCGUGCGUGUGUGUGUGUGUGUGCGCGUGGGUGUGUGUGUGUUUCUCCACAUGUGAUAGGUAUUGCUUUGAUUCUGCUGUGGAAACCAAAAUAAAUCCUGUUAAUGUAUUUCUUUUUGGUUCUUCUAUGUUGAACCUAGCAGUUAUUACUCAGCUAAAGCAAACAUCGGUUUAACAUCUGCUGAUUAAAAUCGGUGUAAAUGUGUUAAAUUGACUGUAAUUUAGUUUUACUUCACAGCUAGUAAUAGUAAUUUAUCACCACUAUGAUGAUUUACUUUGAAGGAGCUUCAACUGAAGCAUGGAAAUAAGAGUCAAUGACAUCUGAUGGCAGGUGAAGUUGUUAUUAAUAUAUUUGUGCCACCAUCUUGUGCCUGUUCAGCCUGAGUCAGGAGAAAUCAUCAGGAUUUAUCUGUCGUCCACCCUGUACCAACAGGUCCAGGUCUCUGCUAAAGUUGGAGUCCAGCAGACUCUUUCCACAAUUUUUUUUUUUUGGGGGGGGGGGGGGGGUGUUUAUUUUUUCUUGAAAUUUUAACUUGUAAUUUAUGCCACGGAGCUCUAAAUUAUUUGGUUUUAUAUUUUUCACAUAAUUGUGUUGAAAAAAGAAAGUUCCUGUUUAUUUAACCAAACCUUUGUUAGGUAUUAGUAAAAGCUGAUGACCUCUAAUAGGUGUGGGUCUGAGCCCUUCCCUGUGUAUGAUCAGUGCCUUUUGUACAUAAACUUUGAACUUGCAGCUAAUGUAAAGCUUUGCUGCCAUAAAUGUUUGUUAUAAAUAAAUCAUGAAAACAACAGGAUUAUUAACACUGAUUUGGCUAGAUUUCAUAUUGUGUCUUGUUAAUAUUGAUCUAUUACAAGCUAAUAAAGCUGGGACACAGGUGGACUCUCA